GCAAUAUGAAUUUCUUGGCUAUGAUGGCGCUUUUGGGCCUUUUGGCCAUGUUAUUUGUGCCAUCAUCGGAGGCCAGCUACUGUCCCUGUAAUCUCCGAAAGGCAGAGGUCUGUGGAACCAAUGGGGUUACCUACCAAAAUCGGUGUGUUUUCGAGUGCACUCAGCGGGAAUAUAGGAAGCUCGGAAGAAAUCUGAACAUCCGAAAACUGGGAUCUUGUUCAGCUAUACGAUUCACUUGAUACAGCAGUUACUUCAAACUUAAAUGAAUAAACAAAAAAUAAUAAAGAAUAACGAAUUAUAUCUUCAGCAUUAGA